UCCCGGCACGCCCCGCGGCUCCCGGGCCGCCCGGAGCCCUCGGCCCUCACGGCCCUGCCGGCCCUGCCUCGAGCGCUAUCGCAGCGUUGUUUGUUACCUUCUGGGAGCCCACGGGGCCCCUCGGUGCUGUUGAGCAGCCUUUUGGAGCCGUUUUCAGCAUCGCUGCCGCGUUAAAAGUCAAUUUCAUUAAUGCUUAGGGGUAAAUUGCUUGUUUUCUAGUGGCUGCUUCCCCACAGCUGUGUUUGGCUGGACUGGAGCAUGGAGCCCGUGUCCCUGCCAGAGGCAGCCAUUCCUGCAGGAAACAGCUCGGCCGUGGCACAGGAAACGUUCCGUGUGCUGCUGGGAGUGACUGGAAGCGUGGCUGCCCUCAAGCUGCCCCUGCUCGUUGCAGAAUUGCUGAAAAUCCCUGGGCUCGAGGUGAAGGUGGUCACUACUGAGAGAGCAAAACAUUUCUACAAUGCCCAGGAGAUUCCUGUGACCCUCUAUGGUGAUGAAGAGGAGUGGCAGCUGUGGAAGGGCCGCUCAGACCCCGUCCUGCACAUUGAGCUCCGGCGCUGGGCUGACCUCAUGGUGGUGGCACCUCUGGAUGCCAACACGCUGGCAAAGGUCGCCAAUGGCAUCUGUGACAACCUGCUGACCUGUGUGAUCCGCGCGUGGGACCUGAGCAAACCGCUGCUCUUCUGCCCAGCCAUGAACACGGCCAUGUGGGAGCAUCCCAUCACAGCGCGGCAGCUGGAGCAGCUGAAGGCCUUUGGCUACACGGAGAUCCCCUGUGUGGUGAAGAAACUCGUGUGUGGAGAUGAAGGCCGAGGUGCCAUGGCAGAAGUGUGGACCAUCGUGGAAAGAGUUAAAAGGAUCCUUGAAGAACGGGAUGUGCCAAGGCAGAGCUGAUGUUUUGGCGUGUGAAUGGUGGUUUUGUGCCUUGCUGAUGGAGAUAAAGCCAGCAGGAGCUGGGCUUGGCUGACCUGGUACCCAUGGUGUGAAUACCUUUAGCUGCUCUUCCACAGAAGGAGCCCACGGUUGUCUUCUAGCUGGUGCCAAACUGAAAUGUGGUACCUCACCACAGACUUUCAAAAACCAGAGCCAAGAAUGUGCUGCUUUAGUGUGGAAAACCCUGUGGUAUCUUGGGAAUAAUGUUCCCUUCCUAAGGCUGCUCACCCCCCAGUGCUUUACACCUGCUCUGUUCUGGGCAGGCUGCAGAAGGUGUUUGAGCUCCAGUGGUUCUAGAGAGGAAAAGGCACUGCAAAUUCUGCUGUGGGUAAUGCCAGCCCCUCCUAGCAAGUGUCUCCUGGACCAUUGCUGCUCUCCAAAGCCUGAUCCAUAGCUGUGCUGGCUGCACGUUCCUAGCAGGAGUCACUGUCCAAAAAGCAUUUUCCCUCUGGGAACUUAAUAAAAGAGAUUUAAUCCUGCCCAUUGAGUUGUCUCUUGUA